CUCCUCCUCUCUCUUAUCUCUCUCCUCUCCCUUGAGGCAAUUCCUUUCAAACCUCCAAAAAUCCUCAGAAAACAAUGAGCAACGACAAGGACAACUUCAACCUCGCCAACAUAACCGCCGCUCUCAAGGACGAGGACCGAGCUGGCCUUAUGAACGCUCUUAAGAACAAGCUUAUGGCUGGUCGUUCUGAAGUUCUCGAGAGUCUGACUCCUCAAGUGAGAAACCGUGUUGAAGCCUUGAGGGAGAUACAGGGCAAGCAUGAUGAGCUAGAGGCAAAGUUCCGUGAGGAGAGAGCUAUUCUUGAAGCUAAGUAUGAAAAGUUGUAUCAGCCUUUGUAUACCAAGCGUUAUGAGAUUGUGAAUGGAAUUACUGAAGUUGAGCCGACUUCAGAGGAUACAAAGAUGGACCAAGGAGAGGAAAAAACUGCAGAAGAGAAAGGAGUUCCAAGUUUCUGGCUGAACGCUUUGAAAAACAAUGAUGUUACUUCCGAGGAGGUCACAGAGAAUGAUGAAGAGGCUCUCAAAUAUCUUAAGGAUAUUAAGUGGUGCAAGACUGAAGAGCCUAAAGGAUUCAAACUUGAGUUUUUCUUUGACUCGAAUCCCUUUUUUAAGAACACGGUCUUGACAAAGUCUUAUCAUAUGAUUGAUGAAGAUGAGCCACUGCUUGAGAAGGCUAUAGGGACAGAAAUUGAUUGGUAUCCUGGAAAGUGUCUAACUCAGAAGGUUGUUAAGAAGAAGCCUAAGAAGGGUUCAAACGCCAAACCAGUCACCAAAAUGGAAGAUUGUGAAAGCUUCUUCAACUUCUUUAAUCCUCCAGAAGUCCCGGAUGAAGACGAAGAUAUCGACGAGGACAGAGCUGAGGAACUUCAAAAUCUGAUGGAACAAGAUUAUGACAUUGGAUCUGCUAUCCGGGAGAAGGUUAUCCCUCAUGCUGUCUCAUGGUUUACUGGUGAGGCUAUGGAAGCAGAGGAGUUUGAUUUAGAUGAGGAAGAGGACGAUGAUGACAUUGAUGAGGACGAAGAUGAGGAAGAGGACGAAGAUGAGGAUGAGGAUGAAGAUGAAGAUGAAGAAGAUAGCAAGACUAAAAAGAAGUCAUCAAGCGGACAAAAGAAGGGAGGGAGAUCUCAGGUGGUUGGUGACGGUCAACAAGGCGAGAGGCCACCCGAAUGCAAGCAACAGUAGUAAUGUCUACGCUCUACUGAAUGAAAAGCGUUGCGUCAAAAACAUAUCUUGGGUCAUUCGCUGUUCAUGAGGAUGAUCUCAUAGGAGUUUUUAUCAUUUAAUUUUUGGUUUUUUAUUUUCUGAGAAUCACUCAAGACUUCACCUUAGUGUUUAUCAAUCAAUGAAUUGUCCCCUUCUUUUGUUUCGUUUAUCAAUCACAGGUAACACAAUUUAUAUCAUC